AUGAAGCGGCCACUUCUUCAAGAGGAGAUCAGUUCCCACCCCAAGAUCGGCAGACUGGAGCUGAAGGCCAAGAAGCAGCUACAACAGAUGAUUGAUGAACUCGAGGAGGAGAAGCUCACCAAAUUGAUUGAGCUUUCUGACCCUGACAAAGACGAGGAGACUGGCGAGUACAUCCUGGGCUAUGACCAGUUGAGUCCCAACAAGAGGGACAGCUUCCGCAGACAUGUUGAGCAGCUUCUGAGAGAGCAACAGGCCGAGAAAGGACAAGAGGCAAAAAUGAACGGUGCCGAACCUCCGAAGGAGGGGACGGUAGAGGCGCAGGUCCUUUUCGAGAAGGAAUGCUGUCCAAAGAUGCCACCGCAAGUGAUGGACCAGGAUGAGAGGGAGCCUCUGAAGGAGGGGACGGUAGAGGCACAGGUCCUUUUCGAGAAGGAAUGCUGUCCGAAGAUGCCACCGCAAGUGAUGGACCAGGAUGAGAAAGAAGUGCAAGAGAUGCUCCGGGAAUUCGAGUCCUGGAUCUAG